UCACAACGAGCUAGUGUCUACAGAGAUAAGACUGCAAAUUUAGCUUUAAUCGGAAGUUAUUAAAUCGGAAGAUUUUAUUUUAGGCGUUUUGCGACGUCUAGAUUGUAAAACCUCAACCAGGUCGGACACAAUGAAGUACAUCAUUGGAAUAGGAGGCGUGACUAAUGGUGGUAAAACCACCUUGACGAACAGGUUAAUAAAAGCCUUACCAAACUGCUGUGUGGUUCACCAGGAUGACUUCUUCAAGCCUCCGGAUCAGAUAGCAGUCGGAGAGGAUGGCUUUAAACAGUGGGAUGUGAUCACAGCUUUGGAUAUGGAGGCCAUGGUGAACACCGUCAAGGGUUGGCUUGAAAACCCAAUCAAAUUCGCCCGUUCCCACGGUGUGCAAGUGACCCCAGCCACGGAAAUGGACGACCCGGAGAGCCAAGUGCACAUACUCAUCGUAGAAGGCUUUCUGCUGUACAACUACAAGCCUUUGCUGGAAUUCUUUGACAAAUCGUAUUACAUAACCAUCCCAUACGAGGAGUGCAAGUUAAGGAGAAGUACAAGACAAUACACCGUCCCAGACCCUCCUGGGCUCUUUGACGGUCAUGUGUGGCCCAUGUAUCUGAAACACAGAAACUGCAUGGAGAACUGUGGUUUGCCAAUUGAAUUCUUGGACGGCUUGAAAACAAAAGAUGAAAUCUACAUCCAGGUUCACGAAGACAUCCACAACACUCUCCUGAAUCGUUUAUAGCAGGAGGAGGUUGCCGCCGAUCAUCUGUACAAUAUUGUAAAUAGGAAUUUGACAUGU